AUGGAGGCCAGGCGGCGGCAGGCUUCAACAUCCACCCAGCACUCGCAUGACGAGCGGCCCCUCGGCGACACCAAGGGUUCCGGAACAGCAACGCCUGCACCAGACGAAGAAGACGAUUCAAAACCGCGCAGGACGCGCGGUCGCAACCCCUUACCGCCGACAUCCGGCCCCCUCUUCCCCCCACUCCCUCCCAAGGCGGUCAAGAACUCUCCAAAGGCCUCACCAAAGGCCCCCUCACGAUCCCCCGCAUCCCGGGCACCGCGCCUAGCAUCUUCAAGCGCUCUCUCGAGCGUGAUGGCGGACGACGCGCCUCAUCCAGAAAACGGAGCGGCUGCACCACCAUCUGACACCCUUGACCCACCAUCCCCCAACAAGGCCAACAACGCACCAAGCAUGUCCAGCCUAUCGCCGCCGCCAGCCGAUGGCGACGAAAUGGACAUUGACGAGCAGCCAGAGCCAGCUACCACCAGCAAGUCGUCUCCCGAGAAGGGCGGCGGUGGCGAUGGCAAGCAAGAUGGCGGUGACGACUGGGACGCGUACCGCCGUCAGCGUGGUGUCCGAGGCUUCUCCGGCCCGAAAACCGCCGCUAUCAAGCUUGAGCCAGAUGCCGAAGAAGAAGAAGAGGACGCAAAGGCAUCCGCCGAGGACGCCGCUGAGGACGCUCUGCAAGAGGAUCCCGAGGAAGAGAAGGAGAAUGGUGACGCCGCUGAGCCCUCGGCCGAAGCGUCCAUUACCUCCAACUCGACCGAACCCAGCGCUAGCGCCGCCCGCGCCGCCCGCAAGCGCCGUGGCGAGGAGCAGCUCUUGCUCGACGACCACCUCUUGCCAAAGGAGCUCCGUGUACACCGCGACAUGGCUCCUCGUCGCGAAAAGUCUGAAAAGACGAGCUCCAAAAAGUCCGAGCCACCCGCCGAGGAGCCCGAGCCUGCCAAGGAGGAAGAGGGAGCCGAGGAAGAGGACGAGGAGGAAGAAGAAGAGGACAAGGAGGAGGAAGUUGAAGAGGCCGAUGAAGAAGUUGAGGAGGUGGUUGGCGACGAGGACGAUGAAGACGACGGCAGCGAGAUCACACGUUGCGUGUACAUCGAGGUGAUGAUGAUUCAGUGCGACAAGUGCAAGGUCUGGCAGCACGGCGAGUGCAUGGGCAUUUGGGGCGACGAGGAGGCUCCAGACGAGUACUACUGUGAGGAAUGUCGACCCGACCUUCACGGUCCUCUGCGCAAGUGGAUCCGGAGCCGUGGCCGCAAUCCCGCCAACUUUAUUGCCCCCACCCCCGAUGACCUGCGCAACCUUCACAGCAGCUCAGAUAGGCAUCCGCCUUCGCAGUCGAAGCGCUGGACAGACCCCGACCUCAUGGACCCUCCACCUCCGCCUGUCAAGCCUGCUGCUCGCUCGCAUAACCGCAAGGCGACCGACGCCGAGCCCGAGGAUCGCAGGCCAACGCGAGGACGUGCUCCUCCGGCCGCUGCUGCUGCUACCGCCGCCGCCCCACCUCGCGAUCGUGACCGCGAGCGUGACCGUGAGCGCGACCGUGAGCGCGACCCCAAGGCCGCCAUCUCGUCCAAGGACAGCGGACGUGACCGCAGGCGAAGCGCUCCCCAACGACGAGUGUCGACCGACCCCUCCAUGUCCAUGUCGCCGCCUCCUGGUGGCCGCCACGAGCCCAAGAAGCGCAGCACGAUGAACUCGCGGGACGCCGCUUACGAAGAGGCCGUCAAGGCCGCUCUCGAGGCAAGCCGCCGCGAAAUGUCUGGCUCGCGUGAAAAGGAGGAGCCACCAGAAGAGCGCAAGCGUAGGCGUGUCGAGGACGACGAGGCAGAGGAGGUUAAGAAGGGCAAGAAGAAAAAGGAGGACGAUGACGCCGAGUCUGCACCAGCACCCUCAGCCCCGUCCAAGCCCAAGCACCCCAAUCAAUACACCUACCGUCCCAAGCCUGGUGGCGGUGGCAACAUUGCCUCGCCUGCACGCCGCGGUGCUGGAACACCGCAGCCUAUCGGCCCUCCACCAUCGCACGAGCACGGCACGCGUCGCGCAGGAGCGAUUGCGAGCAACCUUGCCUCGGCUCCUUACACAGCUGUGUCUAUCCACAACCUCAACUGGUUUGUCCCCGACCACCUGUCAUCGUUUAUCGACCUCUUCCCUACUCCCAACCCUGUGCCUCUUGUGGUACCCACCGCUCGCACGCUCCAGUUUUUGCCGAGGAACCACUUUUUGAAUCAAAAAUACGGUCCCUUUGAAGAGAAGAAGGACGACACCGGCAAGCUCAUCAUGCCCGAGGACCGUCCCUUGCGAGAGACCGAUGGGGAGGCUAUCAACCACCGUGAGCCGCCAACACGAGUGCGCUACCCAAUGAAGCGCAUCACUGUCGCCGAGAUGCGCAAGCGUGUGCGUAACAUGCUCGAAUAUGUUGGUCGCGUGCAAGUCGACGAGGCAAGACGAGAAGACCGGUCCCAGCGCAUCAAGAUUCCCGAAGAGUACGCUACUCGCCCCAAACUGCCUCCACUCGAGGAGGAGCUGAACGGAAACGGCAAGGGCAAGGGUCGCGCGAUUUACGAGGACCCCGACAAUGUCGAUGACGGCGAGGGCGACGUUGAGAUGCGGGAACCCUCACCAGAGCCUGCACCGCUUCCGUCCUCUGCGCAGCUCCUAGUCGAGCUCACGCGCGACCUCAUUGCCUUCCAAGAGGCCUUUGAGACUGGCGACUUUAGCGAGUUGAGCUUUGUCUCGCCCAUGCCGCCCCCCGACGAGCGACCUUCAGGCCAAGCCUCUGAGGCCGGCGGCCCAUCAGGACGCGAAUCGGAACAGGCAGUUGAGGCCGAAGCUGGCAUGGAGGUCGAGGUCGAGGUCGAGGUCGAGGGCGAGGGUGAGGCCGAAGCUGAGGUUGAAGUCGAGGCUGAGCCUGAGCCUGAGCCUGAGCCUGAGCCUGAGGUCGAGGCCGAGGUGGAGCCCGAGGCUGAGGUUGAGGCUGAAGCUAAACCCGAGGCUGAGGUUCAACUCGAUGAGCCCGAGAAGUCUGCAGAGGACGCCGAGGUGCCUACUGCCGAGGUCGAGGUCGAGGCUGAGGCUGAGGCCGCACCUCCUUCUGAGGACGCUCCAGCUGAAGCCCAGACUGAGGAGCCACCCCAACCCGUAACCGAGCCCCUCCAGGAGGACACAGAGACACCAGCCAAGACGGAUGGUGCUGACGACGUCCCCUCCGAGGCGGUCGACAAGGGUGUGCCGGCGACCUUGGUUGUCGAGGCAGCCGAGGAAGGAGAGGAGGGAGAGGUCAAGGAGGAGCCAUCUACUGCGAGCGUGAGCGAGGUAGUGGCAUAG